GUGCAGACCCACCUGGAGAACCCCACCCGGUACCACCUGCGGGCGGCGCAGCGGCAGCAGCUGCGCCAGUACCUGAGCCACGCCCACCGGGGGGCGGGGCCGGCAGCCCCCGCAGCCCCUCCCCCCCCCGGGCCCGGGCCCUCCCCCACCCAGGGCCCCCCCCGAGCCCCCCUGAGCCCCCCCCAGGCGCUGCUGCACCACGAGAAGGAGAUCGAUGACGUCAUCGAUGAGAUCAUCAGCCUGGAGUCGAGCUACGAGGACCUGCUGGGCCUGGAGGGGCCCCUCCCCCUGCCCAGCACGGUCCCCGCCCCCGGGCCCCUCCUGGAGGUUUUCAGCCCCGCCCAGGGCGGGAGCAGCUCCUGCCCGGCCGAGCUGCCCCGGGUCAAGGCCGAGCUCUCAGAAUCGGAGGCCAAGGCACUGCUGAAGGAGAGGCAGAAAAAGGACAACCACAACCUCAUCGAGCGGCGCCGGCGCUUCAACAUCAACGACCGGAUCAAAGAAUUGGGGACCCUGAUCCCCAAAAACAGCGACCCGGAGAUGCGCUGGAACAAGGGCACGAUCCUGAAGGCCUCGGUCGAUUACAUCCGCAAGCUGCAGAAGGAGACGCAGCGAGCGCGGGAGCUGGAGCUGCAGCAGCAGCGCCUGGAGCAGCAGAACCGCAGCCUGCAGCUCCGGGUGCAGGAACUGGAGCUCCAGGCCCAAAUCCACGGGCUCCCCCUGACCCCCGCCAUGGCCGAGGGCGGCUGCGAGGAGCCCUCGGGAGGGGGUCCCCCCUUUCCCCCCUCCACCCCCCAGUGCCUGCUGGAGCUGCCCCCGGGGCUGGCGCUGCCCCUGGCGCUGGGGGGCCCCGAGGGGACCCUCGAGGACAUCCUGAUGGACGAUGGGGGGGCGCUGUCCCCGCUCGGCCCCCCCGGCGCCCUCCUGGCCUCACCGGGCCCCUCAAGAGCCUCCAGCCCCCGCAGCAGCCUCAGCAUGGAGGACGAGCCCUGAGAAGAGCCCGGCCCUGGGGGGGAUUUUUAGGGACCCCUCCCCAUCUUUUCGGGACCCCCUGCCCUCCCUGAGGUGUUCUGGGUGGGCCCCACCGGGCGCCGUUUGAAGAGUCUUAAAGCGGGCGGGUGCUUUCUAGUGGAGGCCCCGCCCCCUGAAGGGGUGUUGCCCUUUUAAGGCACCCCGUGUGGGACCCCCUCUCUUAAAGGGGCUCGGCCGGGUGUGGCUCGUUGGAAGGGAGGGGGCUGCCCCCUGUAUGUGUGGCCCCUUUAAGGCGCUGGCGUCGGGCCCCACCUGGGCGUGGCCCUUUGAAGGUGCCGCAAAAAGCCCCGCCCUUCCGUGAGGCCACGCCCACUUCCCGGAUCACCCAAUCAGAGGGCUCCCGGGGGCUGGGCCCUCGCACGGUGUGUGUGCGUGGAUGUGCGGACCAAUCGUGACACAAAGUAGUCCCACUCAGAGCUAAGAGUGUGGAAGGCGAAAACGCGGAGGCACAUUUGGGAUGGGUUGUGUGGAGGGGACUCGCGGUGAUGCGGCCGUGCCGGGUCCUCAAGCUCCGGCAGAAGGAGAGACGCGGAAGGAUACACGCAAGGCGCUGCAGUUUUCACCUCCUGUGGUGCCGUGCACAGCCCCGGUGGCGGCGGAAGCGGCGUGCCCGGGCACAGGGAUGCCGGCUGUGGCCGGACAGCGGCACGCAGCGGCUCGGAACCGGGACCGAGCUCUACCAAAGCUGCAGCCAAAGCAGUGGGGGGGUGGUGGCGGGGCCGUGGAGAGAGAGAACUGCGCAUGCGUGCGGCUGAUCCCGGAAGCGGCGCUGUGCUUGCAUGGGUCGGCGCGGAGGGAUAUCGCUCGUGGGGGGGGUGUAGCAACUGCGCAUGCGCGGGCAGCCAUCUUGGUGGACGGGCGCGGGAGGCGGCGGGG